UAAAAAACAAAGAAAACACUUUCACCGAAAAAAAAAAAAAAAAAAAAAAAACCAAAAACAAAAAGAAACAUUUUAUCUGUUUCGGUGGUGGCUGCUUCUUCUUCUUCUUCUUCUUCCCCCUCCUCCCAGCCCUCAGGGCUUAAGCAAUAAAGAAGAAAUUGGAGAAUUGGGAAACAAAUCUGCAUUGAUUUGAUCUGGUAUUGGUUAGAAAAUGAGAAAAACUUGACAUUUAUAUGGUUUGAUUUGAUAUAAUAUUGGGGUUUGACAGUUUUUGGUGCAAGUACUGAUGGGGAGGGGAGGGAAGGUUGGGAGUAAGCAUAUUUUUAAGAGAAAAGUUAGGUCAAAAGAUAAGGGUUCAGAUGAUUCAGAUGAGGAUUAUGUAGUCGGGGAAGAUGAAGAAAUUGAAGUAUCUGAUGGUGGUGAUUCAGAAGACUAUUCUUAUUCUCUUGAAGGAGAUGAAGUAGAGGAAAGUUUAUGUAGCUUAGAAGAGGAGGAAGACAUGAGGAAGGGGUUUAGGUCAAAAGCGAAGAUGGGUGCAGCUGGUCAGAGGAAAAUUGGGUGCAAAACAUCAAAAAAGAGGAGAAGAGUACUGAAUGAAGAAGACGAUGAUAAGGAUUAUGAAGAGGAGGAGGAGGAGGAAGAAGAAGAAGAAGUGGAAGAGGAGUUUUUGGGUCGGAGGAAAAAUAGGAUUAAAACAUCAUGGAAGAGACAAAAAGUUUUGUAUGAGGAGGAAGAAGAUGAGGAUUAUGAUGAGGAUUAUAAUGAGGAUGACGAGGAAUUUACACCAGAGGAAAUGGAUUGUGAGGAUGAAGAGGAAGAGGCGCCAAUAAGAAAGAAGAAAAACGGUAAUAAGAGGGUGGCCAGCCGAGCUUCACAGAAGAAGGUGUUUGCCAAAGGCCGGAAACCAAAGAGAAAUUCCAAGGUUUUGAAGAAGGGUUUGAGAAAGAAAAGAAAAAGGAAUACUGGGUCGAGGAAGAAAGCCAAGGUUGAUAAUGAUGGUGAUUUCAUAGAUGAAAGGCCAGUCGUGAGAGAGAGAAAAUCUCAUAAGAGAAAGAGGAGAUUGGCUCCAGCAUCUGAUUCAGAAUUUGUAAGUUCUGGAUCAUCUGAUUUUGAAUUCACUAUAUCUGAGGAAGAGAGGGAGCAGGUGAGAGAAGCAGAUGAGUUCUGCAGAAGAUCAACGAAUAAUAUGAGGAGUGCAUCUCUGCCAGCUAAAACCAUUGAGGAAGAAAGAAAGCCUCCAGUGAGAAAGGGUAAGGAGAAGGUUGAGGAUGUCAAGAAUGAGGUGGGAAAACAGGUGUGUGGGAUUUGUCUGUCAGAAGAAGGAAAAAGAAGGGUACGAGGAACAUUAGACUGUUGCAGUCAUUAUUUUUGUUUUGGUUGCAUCAUGGAAUGGUCGAAAGUGGAAUCCCGUUGCCCGUUGUGCAAGCAGAGGUUUAUGACAAUCAGCAAGCCUGCAAGAGCAAACACAGGAAUUGACUUGAGAGAUGUGAUGAUACAAGUUCCAGAGCGUGACCAGGUCUAUCUACCAUCUGAGGAAGAAAUUAGGGGUUAUCUUGAUCCAUAUGAGAAUGUGAUCUGUACUGAAUGCCACCAAGGUGGGGAUGAUGGCCUCAUGUUACUGUGUGAUCUCUGUGAUUCACCUGCACACACCUAUUGUGUUGGUCUUGGACGGGAAGUACCUGAGGGUAAUUGGUAUUGUGAAGGCUGUAGGCCUUCUCAAGUCCAGGAUCCUUUAUCUGAUCACAGAACAACACAGAACACCUUGUCUGACAGACCAUCUCCUGUUGGAAAUAUUGGGGAAAGUUUGGUGACCUCUCUGUCUUUGUUGUCUACACCAUUCACUCAAGGUAUUGGGAUCAAUAUAUCUCCUAGAUACAGAAAUGCUGAAGCUGCUUCUCCAGUAUCAGCAUCAGGGGCAUCAACUCUAUCAGGGAGACGGUGGAUACACCGUCAGAUCCAUCAAAUCCGUUCUAAUAAUAGAAUGAGCCAUGUGGCCGUUAGAAAUAUUGGGAAUUCAGCUCCCAAUUCAGGAAGUGAUUUUUUAAAUUCUCAAAUUGAUCAGGGUUUGGAUACAGCAUCUCAACAUACAAAAGCACUAGAAACUGGGACAUCUCACAGUACAUUUUUAGAGGAAAGUUUACAGGACAACCGCUAUCCAUCAUUGCAAAAUAUGGAUCUUCUUUCUCCAAGAUUGAGCCAGUCAAGGAGGCAAGACAUCCAGGCUCCAACUACUACUGCUACUGCUGGCCCUGCCCGUGGGACAUUAUGGGAUGAACUUGUAGGGAUCAGUUCAGCAUUCAAUUCAAUAUCAGGUAAUGAGCAACUCCAUCAGUGCAGCAGCAGAUCAAGCAUCAGGUCAGACGGUAGUGUAUCCCCUAAUGCAGUUAGAGAGGGGAACCAUUUCCAUGUGGUGAAGGAACAAUUGCAAUCAAUGGUUAGAAGCCAUUUGAAAAGCUUGUCCAAAGAUAUUGAUUUAGGUCUCAGUACCUUCAAGGACGUGGCAAGGAGUUCAACACACACUAUCUUAGCUGCAUAUGGCCUCGAGCACAGGAGGAGCGAGGUUCACUCUGUGCCAACACCGCCCAUCUGCUCCCACAUUGAAAGAAUAGCAGAUGGGCAGAUGAGUCUGAUGAAAAGCUCCUGCUCGUGUUGCUUUGACUCCUAUGUACGUGAUGUAGUGAGGAGGAUUCUGAACACGAAACUGCCACAUUGGCUAGGAAUUAGGGAGUGAUGCAGCGAGUUAGUCCAGCACACCCAAUCAUUUUUUGGUUAGGAGUUCAGACAGGAUUUUGUUGUUAAGAUCAUUUACGUAGAACCCAAAUGGGCUCUCUGCUUACUUGAUUAGUUCUCACCCAUUUUAACAUUUAUUCUUUGGAAGCCAAAGACACAAGUUUCUGUACACUUGUACUCUCCGGUGGUCUUAAAAUUCUGCUGAUUAUGACUUACAAAUUCGGAUUUAUCACAGAAGAAAGACAAAGAAAGAAGGGCUACUUAUUGGUAA